GUCUCCGCCUCCCGCCCACCGGUGCCCAACCGAAGAGGAGAGCGCAAAAUCUGCUAAGACGCCUGCGCGAGCGGGCAUGCCCCGGAAGCAGUUGUUUGGCCCUGUGACACGUAGCAACGGGGCUGGUUCAGGGUCUGAAACACAGUUUGGGGGUUGUUUGGGACUACUGAAGCUACUGCCUUUGCCGCCAGCGCAGCCUCAGAGUUUGAUUAUUUGCAAUGUCAGGCUUUGAAAACUUAAACACGGAUUUCUACCAGACAAGUUACAGCAUCGAUGAUCAGUCACAGCAGUCCUAUGAUUAUGGAGGAAGUGGAGGACCCUAUAGCAAACAGUAUGCUGGCUAUGACUAUUCGCAGCAAGGCCGAUUUGUCCCUCCAGACAUGAUGCAGCCACAACAGCCAUACACCGGGCAGAUUUACCAGCCAACUCAGACAUAUACUCCAGCUUCACCUCAGCCUUUCUAUGGAAACAACUUUGAGGAUGAGCCACCUUUAUUAGAAGAGUUAGGUAUCAAUUUUGACCACAUCUGGCAAAAAACACUAACAGUAUUACAUCCGUUAAAAGUAGCAGAUGGCAGCAUCAUGAAUGAAACUGAUUUGGCAGGUCCAAUGGUUUUUUGCCUUGCUUUUGGAGCCACAUUGCUACUGGCUGGCAAAAUCCAGUUUGGCUAUGUAUACGGGAUCAGUGCAAUUGGAUGUCUAGGAAUGUUUUGUUUAUUAAACUUAAUGAGUAUGACAGGUGUUUCAUUUGGUUGUGUGGCAAGUGUCCUUGGAUAUUGUCUUCUGCCCAUGAUCCUACUUUCCAGCUUUGCAGUGAUAUUUUCUUUGCAAGGAAUGGUAGGAAUCAUUCUUACUGCUGGGAUUAUUGGAUGGUGUAGUUUUUCUGCUUCCAAAAUAUUUAUUUCUGCGUUAGCCAUGGAAGGACAGCAACUUUUAGUAGCAUAUCCUUGCGCUUUGUUAUAUGGAGUCUUUGCCCUGAUUUCUGUCUUUUGAAAAUUUAUCUGGGAUGUGGACAUCAGUGGGCCAGAGGUACAAAAAGGACCUUGAACUCUUAAAUUGGACCAGCGAACUGCUGCAGCGCAACUCUCAUGCAGAUUUACAUUUGACUGUUGGAGCAAUGAAAGUAAACGUGUAUCUCUUGUUCAUUUUUAUAGAACUUUUGAAUACUAUAUUGGAUUUACCUGCAGUGUGACUAGCUUUAAAUGUUUGUGUUUAUACAAAUAAGAAAUGCUAUUUCUUUCCGGUUCCUGCAGCCAUUGAAAAACGUUUUUCCUGCAAAUUAUAAUGUUUUUGAUAGAUUUUUAUCAACUGUGGGAAGCCAAACACAAAGCUGAUAACCUUUCUUAAAAACAACCCAGUCACAGUAAAGAAGAGACAAGACGGCCGGGCGCGGUGGCUCACGCCUGUAAUCCCAGCACUUUGGGAGGCCGAGGUGGGUGGAUCAUGAGGUCAGGAGAUCGAGACCAUCCUGGUUAACACAGUGAAACCCCGUCUCUACUAAAAGUACAAAAAAUUGGCUGGGCGUGGUGGUGGGCACCUGUAGUCCCAGCUACUCAGGAGGCUGAGGCAGGAGAAUGGUGUGAACCCGGGAGGCGGAGCUUGCAGUGAGCCGAGAUCACGCCAUUCCACUCCAUCCAGCCUGGGUGACAGAGCGAGACUCCAUCUCAAAAAAAAAAAAAAAAAAAAAAAAAAAAAAAAAAAAAAAAAAAAAGGAGACACAAGACUUACUGCAAAAAUAUUUUUCCAAGGAUUUAGGAAAGAAAAAUUGCCUUAUAUUCUCAAGUCAGGUACACUCAAAGCAAAAAAGUGAUCCAAAUGUAGAGUAUGAGUUUGCACUCCAAAAAUUUGACAUCACUGUAAAUUAUCUCAUGGAAUUUUUGCUAAAAUUCAGAGAUACAGGAAGUUCACAAUCUACCUUACUGUAGACAUGAAAUGCGAACACUUAACUUAGAUAUUAAUGUAAACUCAACCUUAGGGACCUGGAAUGGUCGCAUUAAUGCUAUAAUUGUUGGAUCUCCACAUUUCCCAAAAAUAAAAAAAAAAAAUCACUAACCUUUUUUAAGGAAAAUAUUUAAAGUUUUACAAAAUUCAGUAUUGCAGGCCGGGCGCGGUGGCUCACGCUUGUAAUCCCAGCACUUUGGGAGGCCGAGGCGGGCGGAUCACAAGGUCAGGAGAUCGAGACCACGGUGAAACCCCGUCUCUACUAAAAAUACAAAAAAAUUAGCCGGGCGUGGUGGCGGGCGCCUGUAGUCCCAGCUACUCGGAGAGGCUGAGACAGGAGAAUGGCGUGAACCCGGGAGGCGGAGCUUGCAGUGAGCCGAGACUGCGCCACUGCACUCCAGCCUGGGUGACAGAGCGAGAUUCCGUCUCCAAAAAAAAAAAAAAAAAAAAUUCAGUAUUGCAGUUAUCAACGUAAAGUACAUUUGAAUGCUUGUUAAUUAAAACCUUCCCAAUUAAUUUUAACUGUGUUAUUGAGUUUACUUUUACUAAACUACUAUUCCCUUUCUCUCUUUUUUAACUAGGCUCUGAUUUUGACCCCUAAUUUAAGCUUUAAGAAUAGAAAUCAGCUAAUACAGAAUCAGACAAAAAGGAGAUUAAAUGAGAAGCAGUUUGAGUUACAUUAUUUUAUUGUAUUAAAUGUAUUUGAUUUAUAUUGUCAUGUUCUCUUGCCAGAGAGAAUCUGUAGGAAAAUACUGUAUCUUUUAUACUGAUCAUUGGCUUUUUCUAGAAGAACUGCCUCUGAUUCUGGACAAAGCUCAGUUAUAGUUAUGAGAAAGAUAUGGUACAGGGAGGAAAAUACUGCUUUUUUUUUUUUUUUUAAAGAAAUUUUCAGACUAAAUAAAAAGAAAUGCCAAACUGAUGUAUCAAUGGUUCUUUUUUGGAAAAAGUUUUAAGCAUAAAAAGAGGUUGAGAGAAAUAACAUAUUUAUUGAUUCACAUAAAUAUGUUUUUCUUCAUUAAUCAUCUGGAGAAACCAACUUGUCAUUAAUUUGUUUUGGGCUAGGUUUUCAAACUUACCAAAUUGCUUUAGAAAAGCAAUUUGGAAAGCAAUUUGAUAGGCUUUCCAACUUAACCAAAUUUUUUAUUGUAAUUCUUGGAUAGUAUUUUUGUCUUUUUCAAUUCAUUUGUCUUUUUCAAUAUAGUUUUUGUUAAGGCAAAUGUCUUCCCUUAAUAUCCAAAUAUUGCUAAUAAACGGUAGAAGAUGCUUUGGAAAUUAAAAUUAUCUCGCUGUUGGUUAGACUUAACACUGUUAAUCUUCAGCCAAAUACUACAUAUGGAUGAAAUUAUUUUCUUUUUUGUUGUUUACCCUAUCCCCAACAUUUUUAGUUUAAAUUAUUGUAGAGAUUUUUUUUUUGUGGUGGUUUUUUAUUUUGCUCCAAAAUAAUAAGAUGCAAAACUGUUUUAUGCUUAACUGUUGCUCUGUCAAAACAGCUAUGCAGUAGAGUUGCAUUUGGUGUUCUAGAGUUUGAUUACAUGCAGAGUCGUAUAUAGCCAAAACUUCUCUUAUCAAACUCUGUUAUGUUGGCGUAUUUAUAUAUACAUUAAAGACUGUUGUACUGUGUCUCAAAAA